UUUUCUUUUUAUUUUUUUCUUAACCUAUAUUUGAAUAAAAAUUAAUAAAAAAAAAAAAGGAAAAAAAGAGAGAGAGAGUUUAAAGGAGUGAGUGAGAGCAAUCGAAACCGAAAGUGUCUCUCUCUCUCACUGAGAAAGGCAUUGGCCUCUUCACCACCGCAAGACUUUUCUCUCUCUAUAAACAGCCCUGAAAAUUUAGGGUUUCAUUUCUCUGGUUAUACACGUUUUGUUCGAAAUCUAGGGUUUGAUCUGUAAUUAACGCGGAAGGAGGGUGGGGAAAGAGAAGAUGAGCUUGGAUUCGGUGCCGUCGAACUCUCAUGGGAACCUGGACGAGCAGAUUAAUCAGCUCAUGCAGUGCAAGCCUUUGUCCGAGCAAGAGGUAAGGGUGCUGUGUGAGAAGGCUAAAGAGAUAUUCAUGGAAGAAAGCAAUGUUCAGCCUGUGAAAAGUCCUGUUACAAUCUGUGGUGAUAUUCAUGGGCAGUUUCAUGAUCUUGCAGAACUUUUUCGUAUUGGAGGAAAGUGUCCAGAUACAAAUUACUUGUUCAUGGGAGAUUAUGUUGAUCGUGGUUACUAUUCAGUUGAAACUGUAACACUCUUGGUAGCCCUUAAAGUGCGUUACCCCCAACGGAUAACCAUUCUAAGAGGAAACCAUGAAAGCCGACAGAUUACUCAAGUUUAUGGGUUUUAUGAUGAAUGCCUAAGGAAGUAUGGCAAUGCAAAUGUUUGGAAGAUCUUUACUGAUCUUUUUGACUAUUUUCCACUAACUGCAUUGGUUGAAUCAGAAAUUUUCUGCCUCCAUGGUGGAUUGUCUCCUUCCAUUGAAACUCUGGAUAACAUCCGUAAUUUUGAUCGAGUUCAAGAAGUUCCCCAUGAGGGCCCCAUGUGUGAUCUUUUGUGGUCUGAUCCAGAUGAUCGUUGUGGGUGGGGUAUUUCUCCAAGGGGUGCUGGAUAUACCUUUGGCCAAGACAUAUCUGAGCAAUUUAACCAUACAAACAACCUGAAGUUGAUUGCUAGGGCUCACCAGCUGGUUAUGGAAGGAUACAAUUGGGGUCAUGAACAAAAGGUGGUUACCAUAUUUAGUGCUCCUAAUUAUUGUUAUCGCUGUGGAAACAUGGCUUCUAUUCUUGAAGUUGAUGACUGCAAGGGCCACACGUUCAUUCAGUUUGAGCCUGCCCCAAGGAGAGGAGAGCCUGAUGUGACCCGAAGGACACCUGAUUACUUCUUGUAAAGCAGCACUCUGGCUGAGAGUUGAGUAGUCUCUUAGCAGCCAGUGCAUGUCAACCAGUUAGCACCGAGGGAUUUUUCCAAUUUAAGAUUUUACAAUUCACAAUGGUGGUGGCAGGGUAACAUCAAGCAUGUAAAAAUGGUUAACUGAGGCUUCUUCUCCCUUGGUGAGGUAUAGUUGAAUUGUGGUUAAGUAUCCAGGAGAGGAAGUGGUGGAGCUGGCAACAAAGUAGGGUGCAUUUGUACCAUUUCCAGCAAACAAUAUGGCAUUUCUGAAUCUUUUCCUUGAUUUUCAUUUUUGUUUGUAUUUUUUGUCUUUUCAUCUGUAGAAGGAUCGCUGUCGACGCCUUGGAGGGAUGGAGAUCUGUAGAGGGAUGUUGAGCUUACAAUUUCUUAUAAUGGGUGCUAUUAUUAUUAUUUUUUUUUAUUUUUUGGCUAAAUCUGUUCCAAUCAAAAUUUUCUUUGCAGAUGCACUGUCUUCUUUCCCUCUAAGAGUACUCACUUCCUCCUGUCUAAUUGAACCAUUACGGGCAAUCCUAUAGUUAUAAAGUUAAGUAAAAUUAUAAAUUUGUAAUUAAAACAUAUCAUUAAGAGUGAUAUUUUAUUAAAUAAGUAGAUAUAUAUAUAUGAUAUUAUAAAUUUUUAAGUAAAAUGAGUUCAUUAUGGAAUGAUAUUUUAUGUUAUAAGUUUAUAAUGUCUUUCUGGCGUUGUAAUUGUAUCAUUUCUGAACUUUUUUGCCUCAAGCUAACCGAUCCACUCCUUGUUAAUAAGGAAGUCUUCGCAGAACAAGUCAGUUGCGCGCAGAUUACUCAACUCAUAUUAAUAUCUUGGUUCCAGCCUUUCGGGGGAGAAUUUUUUGGUUAACUUCAAUAUUUUACUGUGAGAAUUGAAGUUUUUCUCCAUACAAACGAUGUGCAUCGCAGGUGAUGUCUAUUGGUGUUUAUCUUUUGCGUACAGGCGACAUCAAAUGAAUGUUUUAUUCUUUA